AUGCCCAUCGCACCCAUCACCGGAAAGCUCAGGAAGCGCUUCUGGCUCGACCUCAGUGUCUCCCUCGGCAUGGGCAUCAGCGCAGGCUACGCUUUCUGGUAUGGUGUCCAUCUGAAGACCGUACAGAAGCAGGAGGAGUUCUACCUCAGGCUCGAGCGCGCCAAGCAGGAGCAAUAG